CUCGACGUCUUAUGUUACCUAUUGAGGCUCCAACUAUUGAUAGAAAGCCGAAUUACUCUCGUAGUUCGAUGGCAGAACAUUUAUUGGAAGGAUUGGUAAAUUCCCACAGCGGCGGCGAUACUGGUGUUCGCGUAAUAAUUCCACCUAUUUCAAUGCAUCAAGAUCGGGAUAACAAUCAUAGUCAUCAACAAAGUUUACAGCAACAGCAAGACCUGGUAUGUAAAGAAGCUAAACAAAUUGCCGAUAAAUUUGCAACUGAUUAUGCUGCUCGUAAAUUCAGCAUCAAGGAACCUCACCGUGCUCGAAAGUUAUUUGACAAACUCAAUGCUUUAGCCAAUAAGCUACGCAGUAAUAAGGAUUAUGGUGCUGAGCCUUUAAUGGAUUUAAAGAAUUUACUUCUCGAACAAGAUAUUACCUCAUUUCAAUUUAAUCAAAGUGGCAUUCCUGAUGCGUUAAUCAGUUAUUUAUGUAAUGUCUCAGGCACGUCGCAACUACGCGGUAUUCGUUUAAAGCAUUUUGCUUCGGUUUUCAUGGGAUUGAACGAAGAUUCUUUGCAUGCUGACUCAAUUGGUGCUGAUAAUAAACGCCGAUACCCGUUUGAGUUAUUGGUUACGAAACUUACAAAUACAAUUGGCACUAUGGAGCAAUUCCAAGUUCGUGUCACCAAUCUUUCUGGAAUUUUUACUAAUGGUAGUGGCUCUUCGUCACUGGCACAAUAUCAGUCUGCCUUGUUGGGUGGUGGUGCUGGUGGUUCACUGUUUUCGACAACACUUCGUGGAGCACAGGCUUUACGAUUUUUUCAGAUGCAUCAAAUCCGUAUAAAUCUUCGUCGUCACCCUAAGUGCAAAAAUUUGCGUGAAUGGCGUCAUGGGAGAGGGUCUAUUAAAGUUGACCCAUUUACAUCAAUCUCUUCCAUUGAAAGGUUACAAAUUUUUUUAGAUUUGAAUAAUUAUAAUUAG